UUUCUCUCAAGUUUUUCGUCUCUCUUCUCAUUAAUUAUACAAUCAAAAGAAGGAAAGAAAAUCGAAAGAAAAAAAAAACAAAAGAAACCCUUUGUUCUUUAACUUGUUAACAAUUUCAAUGGCGAAUUGGGUUAGAAUAUCAUCAAGAAGCAUUGGCAAUCACAUAAGGAAACGUAUGAACCAAGGGUUCAUCGGGAGCGCCGUCGACAUUAACAAAAGUUCUGGUUCAUCAUCGGCUUUGCACGGCGGACGGACAGUUUGUGAUCGAAACCGGAGAUAUCUGAAUUCAUUGCCUUGGAACAGGGCUACCCUUUUCUGGUUUCAGCGUUUCAAGUCCACUGUAGCUGAAAAGCAACAAGAUUCGUUUCUCUCCAGCGAUACCGACGAUGAUCAACUGUCACUGGACUUUCCGGGAGGGAAAGUUUCGUAUACUUCCGACAUGAACUUCAUCUCGGAAUCUUCACAGACCAGAGUACCUUGCUAUCGAGUUCUAGAUGACGAUGGAGAGUUAAUUAAAGACACUGAUUUUCAGCAGGUAAGCAAGGAAGCAGCAGUAAAAAUGUACAGUAAGAUGGUGAAUUUACAAAUAAUGGACACCAUAUUCUAUGAAGCGCAAAGGCAAGGAAGAAUAUCCUUUUACCUCACCUCAGCCGGUGAAGAAGCAAUUAACAUAGCUUCCGCCGCUGCUCUCACUGAACAAGACAUUAUCUUGCCUCAGUACCGUGAACCCGGAGUUUUGCUAUGGCGUGGUUUCACAUUGCAAGAAUUCGCCGACCAGUGCUUUGGAAACAAAGCUGAUUAUGGAAAAGGCCGGCAGAUGCCGAUUCAUUAUGGGUCCAAAAAGCACAAUUUCUUCACCAUCUCAUCCCCUAUUGCAACACAACUUCCCCAAGCUGCUGGCAUAGCUUAUUCUCUUAAAAUGGAUAACAAAAAAGCAUGUGUUGUCUCAUACAUUGGAGACGGUGGCACCAGUGAAGGUGAUUUUCAUGCCGGUUUAAACUUUGCAGCAGUUAUGGAAGCUCCGGUCAUUUUUUUCUGUCGCAAUAAUGGGUGGGCGAUCAGUACGAAUGUAUGGGAACAGUUUCGAAGUGAUGGAAUUGUUGUCAAGGGUCGAGCGUAUGGAAUCAGAAGCAUCAGGGUGGAUGGAAAUGAUGCGCUUGCUGUUUACACCGCAGUUUCUGCAGCUCGUGAAAUGGCUGUAAAUGAACAGAGACCAAUCCUUAUUGAGGCACUAACAUACAGAGUAGGACACCAUUCCACAUCUGAUGAUUCGACCAAAUAUCGCCAGAGUGAUGAAAUUGUUUACUGGAAAAAUGCCAGGAACCCUGUAAACAGAUUUAGGAAUUGGGUUCAAAGUAAUGGCUGGUGGAGUGACCAACAAGAAACUCAGCUCCGAAGCAGUGUCAGGAAACAGUUAUUGGAAGCAAUUCAGGUGGCAGAGAAAACAGAGAAGCCUCCACUUUCAGAGAUGUUCACUGAUGUCUAUGAUUAUCCACCACCAAACCUUGAGGAACAAGAGAAACAUCUCAGGGAAACUAUCAGCAGACAUCCAGCUGAUUAUCCUUCUGAUAUUCCUGUCUAGAUUUUUCUUCACCUUAAAUAGGAUUGUUUUCUCUAUGUUUGAAAGAUGAGGCUCUAAUGUUUCAGUCUCGAUUCUUAAAACUUGUGAUAUUUACAUAAGAAUUUCAAUGAUGUCGAUAAAGCAUUUUCCUGUUUAAUGAAUGUGCAUUUGCCAUUGAUUCCA